AUGGUGAUCGAUUUGAACGUUUCUGCUGAUGAACUUGAUGAUGAAGAAAAUCCGAAUGAUUUUCAGAGUAAUGACUGUAGCGUUUCCGAAGAGGUUAGUGUUUCCGAUCUGGAUAACGAGUCCUAUAUGUCACUAAGAAAUCAACUUGAGGAUAAAUUACAGGUUGGUUCUGUUUAUGAUAGUCUGGAUGUCAUUUAUAUCUUGUACUCCCAGUAUGGUGUUGUAUCUGGCUUUAGUGUUAAGAAGGGAGCCCAAAAAAAAAUAGACGAAUCUAAGGAGCUCAAGUUAAAAGUUUUUCAUUGUUCUUGUGAAGGGUAUCCAGAUAACAAACGUUCGGUUGGACGAAUUGCCUCAUAUAAGAAGCAAGUUACUAGGACAAAUUGUAAGGCAAGGUUGCGAGUCGUUAGACCGGAAGAGGGUGAUUGGACAGUUUCUGUUUUUUUUAAACAGCAUAAUCAUGAAUUUGUGUCACCAGACCAGAGUUAUACGUUGAGAUCUGCCCGCCAUAUGUCAUAUGCUAAGAAAUCGGUAUUAGAUGCUCUUAGGUCUGUUGGAAUUAAGAUUAGUAAGGCCUACAGGUUCAUGGAAAAAGAAGCAGGUGGCCGACCGGCGUUAGGCUUUACCAAAAAAGACGCAUAUGCACACGUUAAUUUAUCGAGAAAGGAAACGAAACUUGAAAAUGUUGAUGCAAAUGCACUGAUGAAGUAUUUCAUUGGUAAAGGCAACACCGAGACCCAUUUUUACUGGAAUGUACAGCUUGAUGAUGAUGGUAGGCUGAUGAACUUCUUCUUUAGAGACACUCGUUGUGCUUUUGAUUAUGAGCUAUUCGGGGAUGUUUUGUCGGUUGAUACCACGUAUCGAACAAAUAAGUACAAUCUUAUCUGUGCACCAUUCGUUGGUAUAAAUCAUCACAAAAAUAAUGUCCUUUUCGGCCUUGCCUUCUUGUCUGACGAGACCACAAAAUCUUUUGAGUGGUUGUUUAGUACUUUCUUAGAGGCGAUGAACGGGAAAGAGCCGGGGAUUAUAUUCUCAGACCAAUGUCAAGCGCUCAUGAAUGGUAUAGACUAUACUUUCAAAACAGCUUGCCAUCGUUUGUGCCAAUGGCACAUUAACCAAAAUGCUCCGUCACAUUUUGGUUCGUUAAAUGGCAACGCUGCCUUCAAGCAGUCAUGGUACUAUUGUAUGAAUGGGUGUGCUACCGAAGAUGAAUUUGACUCAACUUGGCAGACAAUGAUUACCAAUUACGGGCUAAGUGAAAACCGUUGGUUUCGGAACAUGUACAAUUUGAGAAAGCGUUGGUCAUCUGUGUUUACCAUCGACAAGUUUACAGCAGGGCUACAUGCGACUUCUAGGAGUGAGGUGACGAACAAAGUUUUGAAAGAUUUAUGUUCUGCCACCACCACCCUACAUGACUUUGUGCUGAGGUACGAAAGACUACAACACGAGUGGCGUCUCCGAGAGAUUGAGGAGGACACUAUGUGUCGUGGUGUGCCUGGGCAAUUUAUCCAGAACAACAACUUGUUAAAACAUGCGGCAAGUGUGUACACUCGGAACGUGUACAAAACUUUUGAAUGCGAGGUUGCUCAUUCUUUGAACGUGAAGAUAAUCCAUCAUCCAUACGAUUUUAGUGGGGAUGAAUUGGUGUAUGGAGUAUCUUCCACUUCAGCAAGUAAUGGGAUGCGCAGCUUGCCCGAACACUUCAUACUAAAGAGGUGGAGGAAGGACGCCAAGAAUAGGCUUCAAGGUGAUGAUGUAAGUAAGUCUCCCCAAGGAGGUAUAGAAAGCAUUGCAAAUAUGGUGUUUGUAAACCAUAAUAUGAGAACUCUUUACGACAUGAUGUUGGAGUGCAAGGGAGAGAAGCUUUUCAGGGAUGUGAUCAGCAAACAUGUUGGUAACUGUGUGAAGGAAAUAGCAAGAUUGAAAUCCGAAAGACAAGGGCCUAACAGUCCUAAUGCCAGAGAAGAGAAAAAUUCGGGUCCUGUGAAUAUCAAAAAUCCAAGAACACCAAAAAAGAAAAGGUACCCUGUCAAACGUUUACGGCGUCAUUGGGAUGGGCCACAUCCAAAAAGACCGGUCGGCAAAUCUAACAAGCGAACGUGUUUCGAUGAUGAUUCAAUCCCCAAUUUCGAGCUGUCACAGACUGAAAAUUUUCAAGCAAGCCAGAUCUCCGGCACACGUGAACGAGAGGCUAUGGAAGCCAAGCUCAUGGAUUUGAUUAUUGCCGAAAGUGAUGCGAAGGGUAACCCAAAAGGAAUUCCUCAGUCAUGGGACUUCCUUGUAUCUGUGCAAGAAAAAAUGAAUGCGCAAUUCUACAUGUCAAAAGAUGGGGUUUUUUGGGACAAACUUACCAACACAUUGAGAGCUUCCGAGGAGACGUGGCGAAGAAUUCAGGAGACCAAAUCUGGCGCCUUGGUGUAUAGGGCACGCGGAGAGCCGCACUAUGUUGCACUUGCAAAAUUGUUCCAUGAGAAGGUGUUUGAGUAUCUGGAUUAUGACGAACCCGAACCUUCGGAAUCCGAUUCAGAUUAA